AUGUCACCUGUUAUAUUGAGGAACCUAAAUUGCGACACGACGAGCACAUAUCCAGGUAUGAAAGCGCUUGUUCUGUUCAUUGCAGCACUGCUGAUAGGCUCAGUCCCUACUGCUGAAUCCUUUGCUUAUUCCUAUGACAGCAUACUUGAUGUCACAGAUGAAUUCUUCUCCGAUGAUCUCAUCAUCUACAGAGCUGAAUACGACAUUGUCGAUAUAUUAUAUCCUUUGAAUGGCCUAAACAAAGACUCAUUUACAAAUAAUAGAGUAUACUUCUUCACACUAGCAGACUUCAAAAGUGGAAAAAGAAUAGAUAAAGGUCUUUUUAUCAAUAUCAAUGGAGUUGCCACAAAACUACUUGACAACGGAAGAGUUUCUGCUGCAGCUAAAGAUCAUACAAAAGAAGCUUACUUUGGAGCUACAGACGGCUUGUAUGCAUAUGACGUAGUUAAAAAUAAAGCAGUAAAAUAUGGUAAUUUUAAUGACCCCAUAAUCAGUCUUGGUAAAGUCAAAGGUGAGGAUACAAUAUACGCAUUAACUGAGGAUAAUGUUCUAUACAAAGUCACGGAACUGGGUACGAAGAGAGAAAAGAUCGAUCACGCCCCCAAUUUAGAAGACAUCGUUUUAGAUGCCAGCAACAAUUUGUAUUUCAGCACACCUGAUAAGAGAGUGCAUAUUGUGGGUAGAGAUGGAGUCCAGCAAGUUAAAGGUCUUCCGGAACAUAUAUCUUAUUUAAAGAUCUACAAAGCACCAUUCUUUGUUGAAGAUGCUAUUGCGGUGAUAGCUAAUGAAAUGUCCCACUUGGUGUUCUUCAAUGGUACCGUUGGUGAUGGUCAUUGCAAGUACUUGGUCAAACCAACUGCUUACUCACUACAACCUCUACUCUUGCAACAAUACGGAUACAAGAAGAACAUAUAUGAGUUAAACUUUUUGAAUUCGAAAACCCGUAAGAGUUUUAGUGGUCAGAUCAAAAAUUUAGUAGAACGGAGGGCUGACCAAAUCACUAAAUUUACUGCUGAACUACAUACUUUAGUGGAUAUUUAA